CCUUAGGCGCGGACGCGGGUCAGUCUCGGGAAUACUGCGCUUGCAGGUGUAGGAUUCCACGUGGGAGUCUUGCUGGUCUGGCUGGUCUGUACCCUGCAAGGUGGACUUGAUUUUCAUGGCUGUUUCUCUUUCCCUGACGCCACUUUUCCAGGACAGUGACCUUCCAGAGAGGAGGAAAUGACCUAGUGCCAGGUAGGAGAUUUGAAUGAAAAUUCUAUGGAGAAUCUUCAAGAAAAAAGACUUAGGGAUCUAUUACGUAGGGGCUUUUCUGCUGGCUAAUUUUAGAAGAUAUGGCCAGCACAAUAACAGAGUCAGGAUUGUAUUGUGAAUCUUCCAGGAGAAGGGUACAGGAAUCCUGAACUAGAUUUUUCCCUUUGUCAGAAGUAGGGAAAAGCAUCUUCUGUAUUUCUAGAAACAAGAGCAGUAUGGUGACUCUUCAAAGUGAUGAUUAUAAAAACAUGGCAAGUGAAGAAUAUUUGUCUUUGAAAGUCCCAAGUCAAGUGGCCACAAAGGGCUCCUCAGUAACUUUCUGCAAAAAUGAGCCCCAGGAUCCUCAGAAAAGUAAAAGUCUGUUUAUAACUGAAGAAGGCACUGAGAGAAAAGUCUUGGGAGGAGAAAGUCCUCCCAUGGACCAUUGUUCAGAGAACCUUCAAAUUAAACUUUUGUCUGAUGUAACAGAACUGGUCUCGCCAUUGGUCAGUGGUGAGGCGACUUGCCAGAAUGGCCAGUUGAGAGAAUCUUUGGAUCACUUUGACUGUAACUGCAAAGACAUUUGUGGUUGGAAAUCACAAGUGGUCGGUCGUAGUCAUCGGAGAGCUCAUACAGAGGAGAAACCCUGUAACCAUAACCACUGCAGGAAAAGACAUAACAACAGCGCAGGCAGUAAUCCGUGUGAGAAAAUCCACACUGCAGAGAAGCUACACAGAUGUAGUCAGUGUGGUAAGGACUUCAGCGAGCGCUCAGAACUACUACUUCAUCAAAGACGCCACGCAGAGGAAAAGCCCUACAAAUGUGAGCAGUGUGGGAAGGGCUUCACGAGGAGCUCCAGUCUCCUCAUCCAUCGAGCAGUCCACACGGAUGAGAAACCCUAUAAGUGUGACAAGUGCGGAAAAGGCUUCACAAGGAGUUCAAGUCUGCUCAUUCAUCACGCAGUCCAUACAGGCGAGAAGCCUUAUAAAUGUGACAAGUGCGGGAAGGGCUUUAGUCAGAGCUCCAAACUGCACAUUCAUCAACGAGUGCACACUGGCGAGAAGCCCUAUGAGUGUGGGGAGUGUGGUAUGAGCUUCAGUCAGCGCUCCAACCUGCACAUCCACCAGCGAGUCCACACUGGGGAGAGGCCCUACAAAUGUGGGGAAUGUGGGAAGGGCUUCAGUCAGAGUUCGAACCUUCACAUUCACCGGUGCAUACACACAGGCGAGAAGCCCUUCCAGUGCUACGAAUGUGGGAAGGGCUUUAGUCAGAGCUCUGAUCUCCGCAUCCAUCUCAGAGUCCACACUGGAGAGAAGCCCUAUCACUGUGGCAAGUGUGGGAAGGGAUUUAGCCAGAGCUCAAAACUCCUCAUCCACCAGAGAGUGCAUACUGGAGAGAAGCCCUAUGAGUGCAGCAAGUGUGGGAAGGGCUUCAGCCAGAGCUCCAACCUCCACAUCCACCAGCGGGUUCAUAGGAAAGAUCCUAUUAAAUAAGGUCUACUGGAAAGACUUAAACAUUUUUAAUAUCACUCUUCCCUUUAUAUUCUCAGGAGAGAGAUCAUAGGUUAUUCAGAUAUGUUCCCUCACUGAAAUUUAUUCAUUCAUUUAAAGUAUUUAAGUACCAAGCACUUUGUCAUGCUAUUCAGAGAACCGAUUGUUCUGGUUCCUCGGAUGGGUAGAGUGAAAUAUCUGUACUUUGCAGUUCAGCCAGUGUUAUUAGAACUGUAUAUCCUACCCCGCAUUUUUAAGUGCAAAAAACUUUAUAUUUGUGCAAGCAGAACAUGUUUCCCUUUGUUCACAUUCUGAGAAAUUGAAACUCUGGUUUCUCUUCAAA